CCAUUUUCUCCUCUAUACAUACAAGAUUGUGAAUAUUGUUACCUUAUUCUUAUCUCCCCCAACCCCACUUCAAUCACAUACCCUACACUCCAGCUACUACGCAAUUGCCGUACCGAUAUAGUGCAUAAUGAGCAGCGACUCCCAGCUUCCGACCCCCGCGCAUAUACAAGCCGACUCCAUGCUGGCUCGACGGUUUGGACGAGAGACCGUGAACUAUUUCUCCAGUUCCCCUCUCAACCGACUGUCUUUCCUCCGCUCCGACCAUGCCUUCCUCUCCGCCGCUCUCAAACACCCCUCCACGCGCUUCGUCUUGAUGAAGGAUCUCGCGCCACUGACCAAAACCCCCGCGGAGCCUUACUAUGCCAAGUACGAUGAGGUGCGCAAACUCGUCCCCGACACCAUCUACGACAAGUCCGAGGAGGACAUCAUCAAGGAGUACGAUUCGCGGGAAACAACCGCAUCCCCCAUCUUCCUCGGCCUAGACGAGACCCAGAAACAGGAUAGUUUCACCUGGAAGAUAUACUCCGGAACGCCUUACUUCGCCCUCGACGUGACCCCGCGCGGCUCAGAAGAGCAACAGACCAACUCCAAGGCCGUCAUCAGCGAUGUCGAGGCCAAGGGCUUGGCCUUCCUUCAAGGACGGACUAUCAUGUCCUUCCCCGCCGGCGAAGCCGCAAUCUACGCCCAAGCCCGUGCCCUAAUCGACUGGAAUACCCGCAACACCUUCUGCGGCACCUGCGGCCACCCCACGAUCUCCGUCAACUCCGGCACCAAACGCGCCUGUCCACCCAGCGACGCCGCGCUCCUCGCCCAAGGCAAGCCCGCGGAGCGUCCAUCCUGCAACACGCGAACCACCAUCUCCAACCUCUCCUUCCCGCGCACCGACCCCACCAUCAUCGUGGCCGUCGUCUCCACCGACGCCAAACGCAUCCUCCUCGGACGCGCAAAGCGCUUCCCCCCGAACUUCUACUCCACGCUGGCCGGGUUCAUCGAGCCCGCCGAAUCCGUCGAGGACGCUGUCCGCCGCGAAGUCUGGGAAGAGGCCGGCGUGACACUCUCGCGUGUCGUCAUCCAUUCCACCCAGCCAUGGCCCUACCCGGCGAACCUGAUGAUCGGCGCCAUCGCCCAAGUCAGUGACCCUGCGCAUGAGACGAUCAACCUCGAACAUGACCCGGAGUUGGAAGACGCACGGUGGUUCGAUUUCGCGGAGGUCGAGGAGGCGUUGAAGACCGGCACGAGUCCUUUGGGAUUUCAGCCCGGUCCGAAUUAUAAGGAGGGUGCGUUGAGAUUGCCGCCCACUACGGCGAUUGCGAAUCAGCUUAUUCGUGCGGCGAUUGGGAUGGACUUUAACCCUGUGGAGAAUGGGCCUAAGAUGUAGGUUGGCUGGUUUUGCAGUGCACUGUUUCUCCUUAUUCUUAUACUUGUGCCCUUAUUGUUAUUGGUACGGGUUCCGACUAGACACGACAUGCUACUAUAGACGUGUAGAGCAUUCAGCGAGUGACUAUGAAUAAAGAAAGACCAUUCUCUAGUCAUAGUGCAUUUUUCCCCUUUUUUGUGGAUUCUAGACUUAUGAUAUUCUAGCCAGACGUACUAUGUACGAUGCGC